AGCUUUGAUGUGGAGUUGCUCUUUUGAAUAAUCCGUGUUUAUGGGAUGUCAGUAAAAUGUCAAAUUUAGCACGAUUGUCAGUUCUUUGCCGUUCGCCAUUGCGCUGGAACAGUGCUCUGGGCUUGUUAAUUGUGUUAGUGCGCCGAUCGAAGAGAACUUCGACAGAAAGAACUCAUAUUUAAACGAUCCGCACUCUUUCAAAUGGCUAACUUAUUCGUCUCACUUCCUUUUAGGCGCUUGAUUCGUUCGUAAGAUGAAUCUACAAAUUUCAACUAGCGGUGUUUAUCUCUUUACUAUGUCCAUCAGGGAGGUGGGCAUUGCUAAAGGUACAACCGGAUCAUCACUGAAAUCUGUGCGAAAUAGGCCGCCGGUUUUUUGAGAAAUAUUCUACUAGCAGUUAUUAACAGUUCUGGGGAGUGUGCCAUAAUCGAUUUAGAAAAAUCUAAGGCAGUCGUUUGGUGUGCACAAUGGAAAUCUUCGGCGGCCUUGACGACGAUAUAUUUGUGCAGAAGAAGCCUCAGCGUGAAGUAGACAGUUCAGUUCUGUUACUAGAGGCUGAACCAGGCUGGUUUCACAACGAAUCGGCUCCGGAAGGUCUCGAGCUUUUGAGGCUAAAGUAUCUCGCCGAUCGUUUCUACAAAGAGAAGAGGUAUGCCGAGGCUGCUUGGACGUACAUUUCCGCAAUCGAAAUUUGUCCACCAAAAAACCUGGGCUUUCUGCGAGAUAUCAUGGAUGGUGCCACACGGUCUUUAAUUCACAGUUCGAGGCUGUCAGGUAUCCAAAAUGACACAAUUUACAAACAAGCGUUGGAACGAAUUCAUAUGCUUGAAGAGAUCGUAACCUGUGAAGAUCACAGAUUUUCGGUGGCAGCAACGUUGUGGUUGGCCGCAGGCGGCCUUAAAGAUCUGCACAUAUUGAUUGAAUCCGAGCCCCAAAGCGCGAGCCUAUGGAGAACCCUCGGACGCCGUUACCAGGCCGAUGGGAAGGAGCUACUUGCAUUGUGCUGCUUUGUUAAGGCCGCGUGCUAUUUUCGAAAUAGCGUGCAUGAGUGCAAGGACAGAUUCCGUGAAGAGAAUCUAGCUGCCGCAGAGGACAUUAAAAACCAAAUUGUUGAAAUAAGUGCCGCUCUUCCGCAGAGCGCGCUUAAUAUCGUCGAUCGAAUAAACAGCUUCUAUGCAUCGUUGGCUGAUACAAAGCGGGAGCCAGGAAAGCCCUUUGAGGAUUAUUGGUUUCCCCCUGAAUGUCUCUAAUUGUGUUCUACAUAAUGAGCGUGAUUGCCUUAUUUGUUUGAAUAAUAUAUAUUGAAUGCUCAUAUCACACAGUCAUGUUUCACAAACGUCCCUUCUGAUGCGCCGCGCAUAAAACGCACGUUUUUUUUUUCAUUCGGAUGCAUUCUGUAAAUAUAUAGAUAAAAAUAUAACAUCUAGGAUACUGAACACUCGUAAACAAACUAAAUGUAAUAAAGUCUCGUGUUCAUUAAUUAUC